AUGGCUACCAACGGCCACACUAAUGGCGUUGCUAAGCUUCCAGCAUUAUCCAAGUCCGCAGAGGACUUUGUCAUGCAUGAAUACGACUACAUCAUAGUGGGAGGAGGUACUGCUGGGCUUACUGUUGCUGCCAGGCUGUCCGAGAAUCCAGAUGUCUCCGUCGGUGUUCUCGAGGCUGGCGAGAACAAGCUCGGUGAUAUGUUGGUAGACACACCAGCUGCUUUCUUGCAGAUGUUUGGCAAGCCGGAGUACGACUGGAAGUUCAUGAGCGAGCCGCAGAAACACAACAAUGGUAAGGUCCACCACAUCGUGCGCGGAAAGAUGCUAGGUGGUAGCAGUGGUCUCAACUACAUGAUGUAUGUCCGUGGUUCUGACGCCGACUUCGACGACUGGGCUACGAUCACCGGCGAUGAGAGCUGGGGCAGCAAGAACAUGAAGCAAUAUAUGCGCAAGCAUCAGACUCUUGAGCCGAUCGAAGACACAGUUACCGACCGCAGCGUUAUGCCUUUCGUGGGAGAGAACCAUGGAACAUCUGGACCUGUCCGCACGAGCUUCAAUCCAACCCAGAUGCCCAUCGAGUCAGACUUCAUCAAAGCCGCGGAUGAGGUGACAGGCAUGAGCAAGAAGCCCGUCGAUCCAUGGUCCGGCGAUCAUAUCGGAUUCUAUAACACACUGGGCGCCGUGAUAAGGACGGGACCAGACAAGGGCAAGCGAAGUUAUGCUGCUCGAGGAUAUUUCGCCGCCAAUGCUCAGCGGCCGAAUUUACAUGUCCUCUGCGAGGCACCCGUAACAAAGGUCGAACUCUCCGAAGGGAAGGCGGUCGGCGUGACCUUUGCUUGCGGUGGGAACAAGCAUACAGUCAAGACGAAGCGUGAGGUUAUCAUUUCUUGCGGCGCCAUACAGACUCCGCAGAUACUAGAGCUUUCGGGCAUCGGCGACCCAGAGGUGUUGAAGAAGGUAGGCAUCGAGUUACAGGUCGAGAAUAAGGCAGUCGGCGAGAAUUUCCAAGAUCACCUAUUUGGUAUUCAUGCCUGGGAGCUGGCUGCUGGCAACAUUGGCAUCGACAUCUUGCACGCGCCUGGCGUGAUGGAGGCGUGCCAGAAGCAACUUAUGGAGACAGGUAGCGGUCCUUUGACAUGCAUCUCAAGCAUGCAGGGGUUCUUCCCGUACAAGCUGUUCGCGAGCUCCGAUGAGCAGCAGGAGAUCGUGCGCCUGGUCGAGGAUAGCAUGCCCUCACUUACACCUUUCCAGCGCAAGCAGUAUGAGUGCACCUUGCAACACCUCAAAGCCGACAAUUCCGCGAACCUACAGUUUGUGGCUGUACCUGGUACUGGAGACUUCGAGCAUAGUGUCGGAGAUCAGUCAAGGAUCUUCGUUCCGCCGGCCAGCCCAGAAGCGCUUCAUCAGGCCGCCGCCGUCUGUUGUUUGCAGUAUCCGCUCAGUCGAGGUAGCAUCCAUGUCAAGAGCGCAGACCCGCUCGAGCACCCUGCUAUAGACAUGAACUAUCUCUCACAUCCAGCAGAUACCAAGGUGUUGGCAGCAGGACUAAAGUUCCUGGAUGCGAUGGCAUCAUCCAAAGCCCUUGAUGGCAAGCUCCAUAAGCGUGUACAACCACCUCAGGACUACGAUAUGAGUGACCCGAAGCAACGAGAGAAGUGGAUCCACGACUACGUCCUCACGGAAUACCAUCCGUGUGGUAGUGUGGCGAUGGGUGAUGCCCUGGACUCUCGCUUGCGGGUAAAUGGUGUCAGAGGGCUGAGAGUCGUUGAUGGCAGUGUGUUCCCGAAUCAUGUAAGUGGCAAUAUGGUCAGCGCUGUGUAUAUGGUAGCCGAGCGUGGAGCGGACAUCAUCAAGGAGGACUGGGAUUAUGCUGCGCUGUCUAAGGCUGCUGGAGUGUAA